GAGGCACGGCGGGGGUAGGGCGAUGCCUCGCUCUCCCGUGGCCUCCGCUUUUCUGCGGUAGGCGAUGAUGCGAGAUGCGAGAUGACGCCAGGAAAGGAAGGAUCCACCAGAUUUCAAUCAACAUCGUUGUGUCGAUCCUGAUGCGUGCCGCGGCACGAAUUGUGGAGUUGGGUGGAGUUGAGUGGAGGGAGGGAGGGAGGGAUGAGCAUUGCCGGUGGCAGCAGUGCUGUGUCGGAUAAUCGUCGAUAGCGCAACAGAUUCGGAGUCAUGGUUGCUGCGACGCCAAUUCCUUGUUGCUCUUGCGCGAUUGCAAGCCGGUCCAGCUCGUCGACUCUCGCCUCAACUUCUGUUGCGGCAUGGAUCCACGACAAAUACUGGAGAGUUAAUGAACCUGGUUGUCAGUUUCGAGCCGUGAGGAGACGAAGUAGUUUGUUCAGCUGGCAGGCGGAGAGGUAUGGUAGUUUUCGAUCAGGGUUUUGCAAUCCUUCGACUAGCGCUUCCACAUCUCGUGAAGCUGGUCGAGUGGAACGGGCUUGUUGCGUGAAAGACAGUGUGGAAGGAGUUGAGCCAUGGCCGCUGUUGGGUGGUGCCAAGGGGUGGGUGCUGGGGAUGGCCAUGGCGUGUCUUUUAGUUCUGGGGGAUGGGGAAUCGCUGGCGGCAAUGCGGGUGCCGAAAUCGCCACGCACAGGGUAUGACCCAGUGUCGGAAGAGGAGAGGGAAGCCAGCAGUGCGUUUGCGAGACGGGUGGCGGAGGCGUUGGAUCUUUUGGAUAAGGCCCGGAAGGCACAGGCCAGGGAUGAUUUCGAGGCGGCAUUCCGGUACUACAGUCUGAUAACGCAAACCAGCGGUGACUUAGCACUGGCGGACUACGCAAGGGUGGGUCGAGCGUUGACGCUGUACGAGGUCGGAGACCGGGACGAGGCAAUCGCAGAAAUGGAAGACAUGACACUGAGCUUGAAAGGAUACCCAGAAGUUCACGCCGCAUUAGCAGCGGCUCUUUACACCGACAAGCACGCGCCAGUCCCAGCCGAGCAGCAAUUCACGUUUGCCACACUUCUAGAUCCCCGCUACACGGAUCCCUCCUGGGUAAGAGCCGAGAAGCAUUGGCCUCCCAGUCUCAUCGUGUCACUGCAGCGCUUCAUAGCCUUGCAAUAGAUGCGUGAUUGCAAUCUGCUUCUCCGCUUCGGCGUGUUUGUUGCACUCCCCAUGAAUCCAUCACCAGAAAAAGCACAGAUCUUGUCUCGACUACUCUAGGUUGUCUUCAUCUCAAUUCCUCGCCUUUGCACCUUCAAAAUCUGGAUUUGUACACCUGCAGUCUCUCACAUGCAUAGAUGUUGUGCCUUGCAAGAGCAUAAGCUUUGCUCCCUGACA